AACCAACGCGUCUUAUAACCUAAAAUUAAUUUUGUUUUUGGCGCGAACACACUAUGUAGUAGUGUAGUACGUUUUCAAAUUCAAAUAACACGAUUGUAUAAAAAAUGUGGUAUGCGUGCCGCUGAAUACAAGGUAUUUGCCAGUUGGCUUGUUACUAGUUUGAAUGUGUACCAUAUUUAAUCAUCAAUUGUGACAAUUGUGUCUACAAAAUUAAUAUGAACAAUUUCAAAAAAAAAAAAUCCUAGAUUCGCCACAGUAAUAUGUGAUACGAUAGAAAAAUUAGUUGACUGUUACUUCAGAUUUUCACAUCAAGUACCUAGUUAUUCCUUUUAAUCUUAACAUUUUAGCAUUAGCAACAGAAUUGUUUUCAUAAUUUGAAGUUUUAUUAAUUACUGAUAACAGAAUGGAGCUAGUAAAGGCUGCUAAAACAAAUUUACGAAUUAACUUAAAAAAAAAACUUUCACUUAUGACUGCUAAUGAAAUCACUGAACAAUCAAAAAUCAUAACUAAUAAAUUAUUAUCUCAUCCAGCAUAUAAAAGAAGCAACAGAGUGUCAAUAUACCUCAGUAUGGAUUCUGAAGUGCAAACAUAUAGUAUUGUUAAAAACAUUUUUGACUCAGGAAAAAUAUGUUUUAUUCCAAAGUACAACAAAUCUGAAAUGUCUAUGGUAAAGAUAAAAUCAAUAGGUGAACUCAAUAGUUUGCCAAAAACCAAAUGGAAUAUUUCACAACCAGCUGAUGAUGAUGUGUGCGAGGAUGCAUUGGCAACAGGUGGUUUGGAUUUAAUAAUAGUGCCAGGCUUAGGUUUCACCACUGAUGGUAAACGUUUAGGACGAGGAAAAGGUUAUUAUGAUCGAUGCAUAACUGAAUAUAAGAACAAGUAUCCAUUGAAUAACUUGAAAACCAUUGGAUUAGCAUUCAGUGAACAAAUAUGUGAAGACAUACCUACUAAUCAACAAGAUAGUUUAAUAGACUUUUUAGUUUAUCCUUAAUUAUAAUUAUCAAUUAUAUGUAUAGCCCUAUGUAUAAAAUGAUAAUUUAUGUUUUAAUUUUAUGAAAUUUUUAGAAUUUUAAGUAUUUAAUUAA